ACUGGAUGUACCUGUGCUGGUGACGUCGGGGGUAGGUGAAGACAGGAAGCAGGAAAAGAGAAGGAAUAGCUGGCAAAUAACUGCAUGCAGGACAAGAAAAUAAAAUUACUGGAAAAGGAUCAAAUAUUCUGUGGGAAUCCCGUAACUGGGACAGAGACCUUCCUGGAAGUAGGAAGAUCAUAUUUAACCCUCCAGUUCAAUAACUCUGUAUAAGGAGGCAUAAUCUUUCAAUCAUGUCAGCCUCUGCAGUGUUUGUCCUGGAUCUGAAGGGAAAGGUGAGUGUUCGUUCAUUGUAUCUGGUGUCUCGGAAUGUUCAAGGAGUUGGGUUAUCAGAUCCACCAUGUUUUCCUAGAUAGACAUCACUUCUUUGUUUUGAGGGGCAGAACAUGAAAAGUGCUCCUGUACUGUAAUAUAUAGAAUUCCUAUGUCGCAAGAGAUAAUCAGUUGAUUUAAACAAGUUAUUUGGGUAUCCCAUUUGGAUUCAUUGAUAUCCUUCCUGCGGCAUAUGAAUGCUGAAUACCGUAGGGCAACACGUUCUGUGCAGCAGUGUGUGAAUGUGAGAUGAAAGGAUCAAUAAACACAACCAGACCACAUCAUCUCAGUGCAGUGGCCCUUUAGUGUUAACCCUUGUAGAAACGUUGUCAUUGCAGGGUUAAACACCCCUCUCUCCGAUGUUUUUCUGACAGCCACUAGGGGUACUUCCCUGUGAGAUCAGAGUCAAACUCUGUUCUCAAUCAAAUUCCGGCUCAGCCUCUGCUCUUCCUCUGUCAAAGUCAGCUGGCGGGGAGGCCUAAUGCGCAUGCGCAGCGAGAACCUUGCUUUCCUAUGGAGUUGUGGGUGAAGCUGGAUGUUCUAAUGCAUAGUGUAAGGACGUCCAGUGGUAAUUAGGCGACCAAAAGAAGUCGCCUAAUGACCUGGAAGUCCCUCUAGUGGCUGUCUAGUCGACAGCCACUAGAGGUGAAGUUAACCCUGGCAGGUAAUUAUUGCAGUUUAUUUAAAAUCUGCAAUAAUUACCACUGCAGGGUUAAGGGACGUGGCCCCUGGAACACUGCACUUCAAUGAGCUGAAGUGGUCUGGGUGCCUAUUGUGUCCCCUUAAGUAGACCCCUCAUGCUGCUCACCUUACAGAAUCCUUCACUAAACGUGGUAUCACUGGUCUGUAUCUCGGCUCUGACACCUCAGCAGAGUGAUGACAGGUGGCAAAAUAUAUGAUGGUGAAUGUACACAGACAGGACUAUUCAAUGAAUUGUCAGGAAUUCAAAGUGAAUUUUAAAUUUAAGGCCAAAAUAUCCUAACUGGAAAGAUGAAUCCAAGUCAGCAAUGUUUCACGUUCAUCUACUUUGGCCUUAAAUUUUAAAUUCACUUUGAAUUCCCACCAAUUUUCGCUUCAGUGAAUAACCCUGGCAAAAAGGGGUUUGUAUAUCAAAUACAAACAUUUUAUGAAAAAAAAAAAGUACUGAUUUGCGAGGAGAGUCCAGUUCCACGGUUUGGCUAUUGUGUCCUGAAUUUUGCAGCCUGGUUUUCAGUUCACUAUUUAGUGAAUAAACGCUACAGUCUACCAACAAGCAAAUUAAGUCUGCUAUUUUACCGUCUCGCUUUAAGAAUCAUUCGACAUAUCCCCAAACCACGAUACCAGGGAACAAAGUCAGAAUGGUAGGACUGCAUCCUGAAAUAGGGACUGUCCUGUCAAAACCAGGGUAGUUGGGAGGUCUGCAAGUGAGCUAAAUAUGGAGAUCUGAAAUGAAUGGCAAAGUACUGAGCGUUUUGUGUUCUCAUAAAUUCUCUUUUUUGGCCUUGUUCUUUCUACUUCCUGUUUUACCUUUCACUUGGAUGUUGUUCUACGUUUUCACCAUAGUUUAUUUAACCAAUGGCUUAAAGUGUCUUUAUUGCCACAUCUGAAAAUGCAUUAACCGCUUUGUUAUACCACAACCAAAACAAUGAGAUGAAGUAGUUGUGGUGCUUGGUGUGUCCCUUUUUUAAUUGUGAAAUUCCUUGUACUUUGGGUAAACCAUAAUGUUCCUGAUAAUUGUUAUUAACUAUGAUCUGCUAGUGAUUCCACUAAUUUUGCUAAAUAUUGAACAAGAUAAUUUCUUUCUGUAGCCCCUCAUUUGCAGGAAUUACAAAGGUGACAUCAAUAUGGCGGAAAUUGACCAUUUCAUGCCGUUGCUGGUGCAACGCGAGGAGGAAGGCAAUUUAUCGCCAUUGCUAACUCACGGAAAAGUGCAUUUUUUGUGGAUUAAACACAGCAACCUCUACUGUAUCCUUCACAGCUACAUGCUGACCACUCUUUAUACAAGUGGAAGGGGGGAGUGGUUUGCAUUAUAUGUGCACAUGUGCUGUUUUACUAUAAAAUGAGGGUGGCUAAACCUUUGGCAGUCUUUAUUAUAUAUUAUAAGAGAGUGAUGGAUAAUCUUGGCACCACUAGACAUUUAACUACCCAUACGAUUUUUCUUUAGAGAUAUUAUCUUUUAAAUACCUGUGUUGACUGUAUUGGAAUUUCACUGAAAUAUGAUGUAAUCAACAGAUCUCAUAAUACAUGGCUGACAAAGUUAUGUCAAUACAGUAGGUUUUUGCACAUUGCAGAAGUUCUGUGGAUUUUUGGAACAGUACAAGAUGGACAUGAGAGGUGAAGGCAGACCCGAGAGAAAGAUGUUCGUACACCUAACAGAGAGGUUCAAGUGAAUAUAUCUCUCUUUAGCUUCUCCCACCAGCCGACGCACAUUAAACAGACAUGUCUCCUCGAGUGAUCUUUGUGAGAUAUGCAAAGACUUCUGAAGUGGUAGAGCUGCUUUAAGAAAUGCCUGUCCCUGUUCUUGAGUAUAUUUUUAGCUGUAUUAUACCUGCAACUUUUUGAUUUUGUGGUUUGUUUGUUAUCUUUAACAUUUCAUUGCACCAGUGGUUGCAUUAACCAAUAAGAACGCCAAUGCAUCAUUGGUCUACUCCUUCUUAUACAAAGUGGUAGAGGUAAGUGGCUUGUGUUUAAUUGGGAGGGUGGUUCUCACAUUGAUUUGUUGUAAGGGAAUAAAAAAAUGUUCUGGCUUGGUGUUGGAACUUAAUGGUAUUAAAUAAGAUCUGCUCCCAUUCCUAAUGCUUACCUUCAGAGGGCAGCCGUGUUGGCUGUGUUUGAAUAUUUUUGCCCUCCCUGUUAAUGUUUUCCACUGAUUUGGUGGCAGUUAUGUCCUACCAGCCUCAGAACAAGGCUUGUGAGGGAACAAACUCUCUUUUAAGGCAAUCAAAGGCGUAUGGGAGCUGUAAUUGGACAAUAGCCUUAAGAAAAUGCAUUCAACAAUAACCUCUCUUAUGUUCACCUCCUCAGAAUGGGAGGACAUAUUAAAUUCAUUUAUAAAGUUUGAGUAAAUUAAACCCUUAAAGACACUGAUUCAGAAGUGAAAGACCAGCAUGAUGGAAAAUUUCAGUCAUGUGUCCUUAAGGGGCUAUAGGGGAGGGUUAAUAUAUGGCUGCCCUCCAGCAUGGCCAGAUCUUCUCUUUAACUGUGUUGUGGUGGAAUCUCCAGUUUGCUGUAGUGCUGAAAAUAGAAGUCACAAAAGGGUAAUUGAAUAAAUGGUACUAAAUAUGUAUAAAUAGGCACUCAACAUUAGAGGACAUUGGUCAAGGGCCAAAACAUACCCCCUGCUUGCCUAUAUAUGUUCCUACUGGCAACCAAUGCACAAUGGGAUUUUGAGCACAAUAUGUAACGUGAAUGAAGAAUGUCCACUCUGGGGUAAUUGGCAAGUCAUGACAAAUAGACUACUACACCAAUUUCCCUUAUGUAUAGUCCUCAAUGGGACAUUCCAAAGGUUGCACAGGGACAUGUGGUGGAAUAAAUAAAAAAAUGUGGGUGCUACAGGGUCUUGGAAUAGAGACUAGUUAUUAAACCUACUAUGGAUUCCAUUCCUCAGGUCUUCACAGAGUACUUCAAGGAAUUGGAGGAGGAGAGUAUCAGGGAUAACUUUGUCAUUGUGUACGAGCUGUUGGAUGAAGUUAUGGACUUCGGAUUCCCCCAAACGACUGAGAGCAAAAUUCUUCAGGAGUGAGUAUUAAUGGUUCAUAUUCUGCACAUUGCCAUAAUAGACCAUUCAGAAAGCCUAGAUCAUCAACCUUGAAGUACAUUUCCUCAUUUUAUCAUUACUUACUGUAAACCGAUGCUUCAUUAUAUUAUACAUGGCUCCCAAAAUUUCACUAUGGCCAAUUAAUAAAACAUUUUCUCAGGACAUUAAUAAAUUGGGGGGUAGGGAGGAAAAUAUCAAUGGGAAACUAUCAAGAGCUCAAUGAUAAACGUAAUAAUGAAAUAUGAAUUGGUCUACUAAAGUAUAAAAGGUAGACCGUGUUGAAAACAAAAGGUCAAGCUGCAAGGUUGGAUGUAAAGUUACAGAGAAUAUUUGAUGAAAUAGAAAAGCCAGUCUUUAAUUAAAUAGGAGAUUCCUUUUUCAUGAUAACUUUUUUUUUUUUUUUAACUGAAUAGGUGGUUAUUAUUAUUAUUAUUAUUAUUUGGCCUUUAAGAAAAAUUAAUGUAAAGGGAAUGUAAAGGGAAUUAAUGUAAUAAUUGAUAUUCAUGAGAUUAUUUUAUGGGUUACAACAAUAGACAAACACACAGAACUCCAAAUACUAACCUACAAAGCUUACAUUCUCUAUAAAUGUUGAGUCUUCGGACCCUCCUUGUUAGCCUCUGCUUCACCCUAGCACAUAAUAGUCUUUGCUAAUUUGAACUCUUUCCCGAUGAAUGAAGAUAUAUCACACAGCAAGGCAACAAGCUGGAGACGGCCAAGUCUCGUGUCCCCACUACAGUAACCAACGCUGUGUCCUGGAGAUCUGAAGGAAUCAAAUACAAGAAGAAUGAAGUGUUUAUAGAUGUGAUAGAGUCUGUCAAUCUGCUGGUGAGUGUCAGCUCUGGAGCCUAGCCACUAAAUCUGUGUAUAUAUGUUUACAGCCCACUAGUUACUGUAUACGUGCAUGUCUAGCUUGUGGUUUCAAGCAGUAUUAAGGUCAGGGAGAUUAAAUUUCACCUAAUGAGAGGACACUGACAGAAUCAUGCAUUUAAAGGACCACUAUAGUGCCCUGAGCGUGCCCCCACCCUCAGGGCCCCGCUCCCGCCGGGCUCUAGGGGGUGAAAGGGGUUAAAUUUACCUAUUUUUCCAGCGCCGGGCGGGGGACUCUCCUCGUCAUCGGCUGAAUGAGCAUGAGCCGUGCGCGCAUUCAGCCAGUCCAUAGGACAGCAUUCACAAUGCUUUCCUAUGGACGCUGGCGUCUUCUCACUGUGAAAAUCACAGUGAGAAGUGCCUCUAGCAGCUGUCAAUGAGACAGCCACUAGAGGCUGGAUUAACCCUAUUAUAAACAUAGCAGUUUCUCUGAAGCUGCUAUGUUUAUAGAAGAAAGGGUUAAUGUUUAUAGAAGAAAGGGUUAAUCCUAGCUGGACCUGGCACCCAGACCACUUAAUUAAGCUGAAGUGGUCUGGGUGCCUACAGUGGUCCUUUAAGUGUGAAUGGUCAGGAAAAGUGAAUUUCAAUAUUUCCGACCAAAAAGCUGAAUUGAAAGAUUAACAACUUCGAGAGAAUUCUAUAUCUUACCAUAAAGAAUGUUUGCAUUACUGCUGGGUGAUGAUGUGUAAUAUGUGUGUUAUCGUAUGUAACAGGUGAACACUAAUGGCAGCGUACUGCUCAGUGAGAUUGUCGGCACUGUGAAGCUUAAGGUUUUUCUUUCUGGGAUGCCGGAGCUACGUCUUGGGCUAAACGACCGAGUUCUCUUCGAGUUAACUGGACGUGAGUAAUUUUGGAGGAAAAGGAAUGGAAAACUACCUAGUGGUGACUUUCCAACAAUUUAUUAUUUAGUAAAUGGCUAUAACUGCAUAUUUAGGGCUAAAAUAGCCUAGCUGUAAACCUCAAUGUUUUUCCUGAUUUCGCUAUUCUGGAGUAAAAUUUACUGACACAUCAUGGGUUUCUGAAUGAUUUUGUUGAUCGGUGAGUCAUGUUAAAGGACAACUGUCAAGUUAAAACUGUUUUUUUAAUAUAAUCUUCCUUUCAUCGAGUUGUUGAAGGAAAUAAAUUUGUUUUUAAUUUGUAAAAGUAAAAAAUGAGAGCAUUCAUCCCUACCGCAUACUUCCCAAGGGCGCCGGUGGGAGGGAGGUAAAUGGGUGGGCCAGUGACACAACUGUGUCACUAGCUCCACCCCAAAGAGCGGAUCUGCCAGGAAAGGGGCGGCCCAUCUGAGUUAAAGGGACUCUCCAGUGCCAGGAAGACAAAUCUUUUCCCUGGCACUGCAGGUCCCCUUUCCCUCCCACCUCCCAUCCCCGGUUUCUGAAGGGGUCAAAACCCCUUCAGUGACUUACCUGAGGCAGCGCCGAUGUCCCUCGGCACAGCUUUUGGGUUCGCCCACACUCCUCCCCAUCACCACGUCAUCCGGCGGGGGAGACUGAUCAUGCCUGCCAGUAGGGGAGACCUAAUGCGCAUGCGCGGCAUUAGACCUCUCCAUAGGAGAAUGCUUUCAAUGCUUUCCUAUGGGGAUUUUAGCGACGCUGGAGGUCCUCACACAGCAUGAGGACGUCCAGCGACGCUAUAGCACAAAAAAACUCACAUCCAAUGGAGCAGAGCAGACAGGCGAUUUCUUUGAUUUAUGAUUUAGUAUGAUUUAACUUUACCCUAAUUUAUUUGACAUUCUCAGCUGGUUUUAUGUGGAUCUUGGAUGGAGGAGAGAGAAAGGGGGGGGGGAGUAGAUACAGGGUCAGCAGAUAUUACGGAUCCUCUGUAGAGAUAGCACUCUCCCCUACAGGCAUCCCCUCAGACUUUCAUUUCCUCUUUAGACAGAAAAGGGGUUCUUCUCUUUAGUCUGUGCAGGAUUGUACCAUUGGAUGUGACUCGGAGAAGUGGAAAAAUUAUACUACUCGAUUUAGUAUAUCCUACUAUAUUUAAUUAGUUAUUUUCCUAUGAUGGUAUUGGUUCUAUCAGUGACCACACUUUUAGGGUAACUCUCCUAUAUAUAAGUGAUUUCUUUGCUAUUCUUUCUCUUGUCUGCGUUCUUUUUAGCUUUAGUUUUUGUUUCCGUUAUUAGAUUUAUUAUUAUUAUUUACAUUUUAGUUUAUAGUGACAAAUAAAAGUUAGGUUUUAACCACACACAUGUGGACUCUCGAGGGACUUCCUACUCUGUGACGAUUGGGAGGCAUCCUACCUUUUAUAUAUGACCAGAUACUUCAGCCAUAUACAUGGGCCUCGGGUCAGACCGUGUUUGAAAGCACAGUUAGAAAAAAACGUAGUUUUCACUGCUUCUGUGAAGGAAUCCAUGGCUUGUUCCUGCAAUUUGAUCACUCUGGAAUUAAACGCCGUUAUCAGUCAAUUAAUGAUAAAAGGUCCUCCUUACAGCUGUGCAAUAUUCUCUGUUAAUCAUAUUCAUAUGUUGAAUGUAUACAUAGGAAACAAGAAUAAAACCGUGGAACUGGAGGAUGUGAAGUUUCACCAGUGUGUAAGACUUUCCCGCUUUGAGAAUGAUCGUACAAUCUCUUUCAUCCCUCCCGAUGGAGAUUUUGAGCUAAUGUCCUACCGGCUAAACACACAGGUAUUGCAAUUUCACAACCCUACGAUCAUAGUAAAUAAACGGAUUAGUUAACCAGAGUCUUACCUACUUCAUUGAAUACCAGAUCUACCAUAUUUUUCUUAAAGACAUAUUACUUUUUCAUGCUGGUGGACAGUAUAGGAAAGGUGCUGCCCUGUAAUUUGAAACAUAAAUAAUCAAUAAAAUAAUAAACGCAGCUCCUUUCAUUGAUUAGAAGGUUGUUUGCCAUACUACAGUAUGUGAAUUCUCAUACUACAACCAGUUUUUCAUAUAGACCCUGAUUUAAAGGGACACCAGAACAACUAAGGCUUAAUUUAGUUGUUCUCGUGUCUAUUCAGAGAAAAGGCAUUGUUUACAUUAUUGCCUAGGAACACCUCCAGUGGCAGUCACUCAGACAACCAUAGAGGUGCUUCCUAGGCAGGGCCGUCUUUAGCGCGGGGCAAACGGGGCAGCUGCCCCGGGCCCAGUUGCUCCUGGGGGGGCCCCAGAGCAGCUGCCCCGUGGGCCCCGCGAUUUCAGCAGCCCCCAUGUACCCGGCGGCCGGCGGUGCAGCCGCACCGGCCCGCCAACCAAGGAGGCCCCCGGGUGGCCCAUGCACUAAGGGCCACCCUGUGGGCACGUGGCAGAAGGGGCCCGGUCGGGCGCUGUGACGCUUAAACAGCACGACCGGGCCCCUUCCUGUACCGGCUGGGAGGAAGUGAGUACCGCGUGUCACUUCCUCCCACCGAAGAUAGCCGCGCGGGAGGAGGAAGGCAGAGAGGAGGGGAGUUCCAGAGAAGAACUCCCAUCUGCCUCAGCCUGCCACUGGACCCCAGGGAAACCACCCUCCAUAAAAAGGUAAGAACCUGGAGGGUGGCUAAAUGUAUGUUAGUAUGUGUGUGUGUUAGUAUGUCUGUGUGUGUUAGUAUGUCUGUGUGUGUGUGUGUUAGUAUGUCUGUGUGUGUUUUAGUAUGUGUGUGUUAGUAUGUCUGUGUCUGUGUGUGUGUGUUAGUAUGUCUGUGUCAGUAUGUCUGUUUGUGUAUGUAUGUCAGUAUGUCUGUGUGUGUCUAUGACAGACAUAAUGACAUACACACACACAGACACACAGACAUACACACACACACACAGACAUACUGACACAUACACACACACAGACAUACACACACACUGACAUACACAUACACACACAUACUGACAUACACACACAGACAUAUACACACACACAGACAUAUACACACACAAACAUACUGACAUACACACACAAACAUACUAACACACACAGACAUACUGACAUACACACACAGACAUGCUGACAUACACAGACAUACUGACAUACACCACACAGACAUACUAACACACACAGACAUACUGUGUGUAUGUCUGUGUGUUUGUAUGUCAGUAUGUCUGUGUGUGUAUGUCAGUAUGUCUCACUGUGUUCCAGUGUGUGUGUGUGUAUGUCAGUAUGUCUGUGUAUGUCAAUACGCCUGUCAGCAGGGCCGGACUGGGGAUACAAAGCAGCCCUGGAAAAAAAAUCUAUGCCAGCCCCAUAAGUCAUUGUGCUAUGUAGGGUGUUUAUUUAUAUAUAUAUAUAUAUAUAUAUAUAUAUAUAUAUAUACAUACAUACAUACAUAUACACACACACACACACACACACAAUUGAAAUAGUUGGCUGCACUCUCGGAUUUCCUGAAAAUGUAACUUUUAUUGAAAUAUUUAAGAGAAGAUCAAUGUUUCAGUCCCUCUUGUGGACUUUCGUCACGAUCCUGAUGCAAGUCCACAAGAGGGACUGAAACGUUGAUCUUCUCUUAAAUAUUUAAAUAAAAGUAAAAUUUUAAGGAAAUCCGAGAGUGCAGCCAACUAUUUCAAUUGCCUAUAUAUAUAUACUGGAUACUGGAGCCCUGGUGAUGCAACAGUAUAUAUAUAUAUAUAUAUUUUAUUGAUACAUUUCUUCUUCUAAUUCAAAAUAUUAGUUCUUUUAGGUUAAUUAAAUUAUACAGUAGGAGCAUACUCACACACAGACAGACAAUCUUACUGAUGCACACAAAUAGGCUCAUUGACAGACAAUGACACACACAGACAAGGUUACUGGCACACACACAAAUUUAGUACAGACAAACUGAUACACACACACAGCUUACUAUAGACAAGCUCACUGUCACACACACACGCUCACUACAGACAAUCUCUCUGAUGCGCACACACUCUCCCUACAGACAAGCCCAUUGACACACACAUGCUCCCUACAGAAGAGCUCACUAACACACAGAUUCACUACAGACAAGCUCACUGACCCACACAUGCUCACUAUAGACAAGCUCACGAUCACACUCAUGCUUACUACAGACAAGCUCACUGUACACACGCUAACCACAGACAGGCUCCGACACACCCAUGCUCCUUACAGACAAGCUCACUAACACACACACACAUAUGAUCCCUACAGACAAGCUCACUGACACACAUACAAGCUCACUCACUAGCAGGCACACACACACACACACACACACACACAGAGGCUCCCUCACUAGCAGAUGCGCGCACACGCACACACAGAGGCAGACAGUCACUGACACCCAGGCAGACAGCCACACACACACACAGGCAGACAGUCACUGACACCCAGGCAGACAGCCACACACACACACACACAGGCAGACAGUCACUGACACCGAGGCAGACAGCCACACACAUACACAGGCAGACAGCCACACACUCACACACACACACACACACACACAGGCAGACAGUCACACACACAGGCAGACAGUCACACACACAGUCAGUCACACACUCACACAGACAGUCACAGACACAGUUACACACAGACACAGUCACACACUCACACAGACAGUCACACACUCAUACAGACAGUCACACACUCAUACAGACAGUCACACACAGUCACAUGCUCACACAGUCACACACUCACACAGUCACACACAGACAGUCACACACUCACACAGUCACACACACUCACACACUCACACACACAGUCACACGCUCACACAGACAGUCACACACAGUCACACACUCACACAGACAAUCACAGACAGUCACACACUCACACAGUCACACACUCACACACAGAGUCACACACAGACAGUCACACACAGACAGUCACACACAGACAGACACACACACACAGACACAGACAGUCACACAGACAGUCUCACACAGACAGUCACACAGACACACUCACACACACAGUCUCACACAGUCACACACAGUCUCACACAGACAGUCUCACACAGACAGUCUCACACAGACAGUCACACACUCACACAGACAGUCACACACAGACAGUCACACACUCACAUAGACAGUCACACACAGACAGUCACACACUCACACAGACAGUCUCACACAGACAGUCACACACUCACACAGACAGUCACAGACAGUCUCACACAGACAGUCUCACACAGACAGUCACACACUCACACAGACAGUCACACACAGUCUCACACAGACAGUCACACAGUCUCACACAGACAGUCUCACACAGACAGUCACACACUCACACAGACAGUCACACACAGUCUCACACAGACAGUCACACACUCACACAGACAGUCACACACUCACACUGACCUCCUUCUUACCUCCUGUUUGUUGCUCCUGGAGGCUGGUUGUUGGGGAAGCAGGGACUCCUUCCUGCUUCCCAUGCUGCAGUCAGCCAGGCCGCCGCACAGUAAGCCCCGCCCCCGCCGCACAGUAAGCCCCGCCCCCGGCACGCUAAGCCCCGCCCCCGCUGCAAAUUUUUUUAAAUUUAUUUUUUAUGAUCCCGCCGGCCAUGUGUGAGCUGUGACGGCCGCCAGGCUCCCCCUGCUCCCAUGGGGCUCUGUGCGGCCGCACAGCUCACACAUAGCCGGCCGGGAUCAGGGCUGUCAGACCGGCCCCAGGUGCCGCGGCCCACCGGGAAAUUUCCCGGUAUCCCGGUGGGCCAGUCCGGCCCUGCCUGUCAGUGUAUGUGUCUGUGUGUGUCUGUGUCAGUAUAUCUGUCAGUGUAUGUGUCUGUGAGUAUGUAUGUGUCUGUGUGUGUAUCAGUAUGUCUGAAUGUGUGUCAAUGUUUGCCAGUAUAUAUUUUUGUGUCAGUGUAUGUGUGUGUCAGUAUGUAUCUGCGAAUGUUUUAAUGUGUCUGUCUGUGUGUGUGUCAGUAUGUCUGUCAGUGUGAUUGCGGGUUGGGCGUAAUGGGGAGGGAGGGUGCAGUGACAGGGCCCAGGGGGCCCAAGAAAAGGCUUUGCCCGGGGUCAUAUUCAUAUUAUAGACGGCCCUGUUCCUAGGUCAGUGCUGUACAUCGUGCAGCAUUGACAUUCAGUGUCUCCACAGCCUGCAUGGAGGCGCCGAACUUUCCCUAUAGAGAUGCAUUGAGUCAAUGCACCUCUAUGAGGAGAUGGUGAUUAGCACAGGGUGGUAGUUUGCAGCACAUGCACAUCAGCCUCCCAAUCCUUUCUUAUGGGGAAGUAUUGGGUUGUCAGAGAUCAUCAAGUUUGAUCUUAGCCUAGGGGGCGGAGCAUGGGUGGGGCCACCCGAGAUCCGACACGCAAGGCGUAUUUUUUUUUUUAAAUAAUUUUUUGUUCAUGUUGGAGAAACCUGCAAUAUUUAUUUAUUGCAAAAGAUAAAGAUAUUUUUGUUAUUUGUGAAGACAAACACAGCAUGAUUAUGAGUCCAAAAAUGACACACCCUUAACUUGUGUUGAUGCCCAGAGUGUGCCUGAAGUAUCUUUUUAAACAAUUUACAUGGUGUUAAAGCAGUAUUUUAUUUGCCCACAGGUGAAACCUUUGAUCUGGAUUGAAUCUGUCAUUGAGAAAUUCAGCCACAGUCGAGUAGAAAUUAUGGUGAAGGUAUGUGGCAUUAAGUAUAUGUGUGUGUGUGUGUAUAUGUGUGUGUGUGUGUGUGUGUGUGUGUAUGUAUGUGUGUAUGUGUGUGUAUAUGUAUGUAUGUAUAUAUAUAUAUAUAUAUAUAUAAUAUAAAUAUAUAUAUAAAUAUAUAUAUAAAUCACUGACCUGUUAUGGCUUUGGUUGGCACCAGAAUGACUCCUUAAACACCCCGGUUAGAGCAACACUGAUCUUUACAGAAGCAGUUAGUACAGUGACCUUACACUCCAACCACAGGGUGACAGGGACAGGAGGGAGCUAUAGAACAUGGAGUCUGUCCCUCCCAGCACAGGGUGACACAGACAGGAGGGAACUAUGGGACAUGGAGUCUGUCCUUCCCAGCACAGGGUGACACAGACAGGAGGAAGCUAUGGGACGUGGAGUCUGUCCCUCCCAGCACAGGGUGACACAAACAGGAGGGAACUAUGGGACAUGGAGUCUGUCCCUCCCAGCACAGGGUGACACAGACAGGAGGGAGCUAUGGGACGUGGAGUCUGUCCCUCCCAGCACAGGGUGACACAGACAGGAGAGAGCUAUGGGACGUGGAGUCUGUCCCUCCCAGCACAGGGUGACACAGACAGGAGGAAGCCUGGCGGACGGAUUCAACCCCCGUCCCAGCAGCCAGGGUGAUUGGCCAGACAGGAGGUGAGCUAUGGGGACGUGGGGAGCCCUGUCCCUCCCAGCAGGGUGACACACAGGGUGACAGGAGAGAGCCAUGGAUCGGGAGUCUGUCCCUCCUCCAGCACAGGGCAAGUGACAAGGCAGAAAGAGGGUGGUGCCAAGUGGGAUCGUGAGCCUGUCCCUCCCAGUGCACAGGGGUAGGACACCAGGAGGGUGUCUCAUGGGAUUAUGUAUGGAGUCUGUCCCUCCUAGUACAGGGUGACACAGACAGGAGGGAGCUAUGGGACAUGGAGUCUGUCCCUCCCAGCACAGGGUGACACAGACAGGAGGGAGCUAUGGGACAUGGAGUCCGUCCCUCCCAGCACAGGGUGACAGAGACAGGAGGGAGCUAUGGGACAUAUAGUCUGUUCCUCCCAGAACAGAGUGACACAGACAGGAGGGAGCUAUGGGACAUGGAGUCUGUCCCUCCCAGCACAGGGUGACACAGACAGGUGGGAGCUAUGGGACAUGGAGUCUGUCCCUCCAAGCACAGGGUGACACAGACAGGAGGGAGCUAUGGGACAUGGAGUCUGUCCCUCCCAGCACAGGGUGACACAGACAGGAGGGAGCUAUGGGACAUGGAGUUUGUCCCUCCCACCAAAGAGGGAGACAUGCAGAACAUUAUAAGCUAUAUAUUAAAUCCCCUCUCUUAUCUUUCUCACUGUUGUAUUUAGGCUAAAGGUCAGUUUAAGAAACAGUCGGUGGCAAACAAUGUGGAGAUUUCAGUUCCUGUUCCCAGUGAUGCGGAUUCUCCAAAAUUUAAAACCAGCGUGGGGAGCGCCAAAUAUGUACCAGAAAAAAACGUUGUGGUCUGGACUAUUAAAUCAUUCCCGGUGAGAAGGUUUUGUUGAUUAGUCUUUCUAUGUUCGUGUGAUUGUCUGAUUGUUAACAUAUUUUAUAUAUUCAUAUAUUAACAUAUCCAUUUUUUUUCAUUCUUUAGGUGGAUGACGUUAGGUAAUCUAUGUAAUAGAUAUAAAAGUAUUCUUGCCUACUUAGAUUACUCUUCUACUUUAAAUGCAAGGUAUCCGAUUUUAUUAAGACACGGAGGCUCCUAUUAUGCUGCACUCUUUCUUUAUUUACCUCAGCAGCAAAGAAAUAUAACAUUAAAUCAGUAUAGAAGAAACCAGUAAAUAACAUGAGGUAUAUCUUCCUAGCAACAGGAACAGCCAAUCAGCAUCCUCUUUAUAGCAUAAUAGGCAGUGUCCAGUAUACUACUUCCUCUUUCUUUGCUGCUCCCUCAGUUAUGUGACACUUGGUCUCAUGGUUCUUAACUGUGGGAUCUUUUACUUUACUUUAUUCAUAUCAUUACUGUGAUUAAUAUAGUUAUUAUUAUAGUUAUUACAUUUUAAUUAUAAUAUUUCCAUGUUUAUAAAUAUAUUUAGUCACUUCAUUUUAACUUAAUUUGAUUUAUUUACUUAAUUUAUAUGCUUUAUUGUAUAUCCUUUGAUAAUUUAUUUCCCCUCUGACCUCAAGAUUACCAUCAAUUGGGGAUCAGGGACGUCUUUGAGGAUCUUUAUCCCCCGCACAGGGCCAUUGUGCUGUUUUUUUCCCUUCAUUUAUCUGUCUGGCUGCUGCUCUGCCACCAACUGCCAGAAAUCCAAGUUGGGGUUUAGUUAUAGCGGCAGCCGGGCAGCUCCUUUGUCUUUAUACUACAAUUGCUAUUUUUUUCACUAUUGUGAGUACUUUCAUUUCUUUAUCCUGUUUAGUGAUUUAUUUUUUACUUGAGGGUUACUCAGCCCUUUCCUUUUGGUAUUAUUUUACUUUAUUUAUCCCCUUAGGUUUGUUUGUAUAUUUUUGAUGCAGUCUGACAGGAUCUUUCUGGGUCUACAGCAAACAUGCAGAUUAAUGUAGAAGCCUCUCCAGGUAUCUCUGGAGAUGAGGCUGAAUUUAUGCUUUACUGAUCCUGCUGACAUGCAGGCUUUAAUUGACACUUUCAUUGGCAAAAGCCCCUGGUGUCAGGCCACAAUGCCUCAUAUAAGGCUAAAAACACUCCUCCAAAACAAUAGAGAUGGACAGUACCAUACUUGUCACGGAUGGCGCGAUUAAUUUACCACCGCGCAAAAGAGCUACUAGUCGGGCAAAAUCGACUAGACUUUGAAAAAGGGCAAAAGCCCAAUUGAACUCUAAAUCUGAGCUCAGGGAUAUUGAGGAGGAGUUCCCUGAGUACUAUAUGGGGGUGUACUUUUACUCACACCUGCUCUGCUUCAGCCUGGCUGCAAGGCCUCAUAUAAGGCUAAACACUCCUCCAAAACAAUAAAGAUGGACAGUACCAUACCUGUCACGGAUGGCGCGAUUAACUUACCACCUCGCAAAAUAGCUACUAGUCUGGCAAAAUCGACUAGACUUUGGAAAAGGGCAAAUGCCCAACUGAACUCUGAAUCUGAGCUCAGUGAUAUUGAGGAGUAGUUUCCUGAGUCCUAUAUGGAGGAUUCAGAGGAUAUUUAUGAUCCUGAUUAUGAAAUUACUGAUGAAGAGGAUGCUAAUCCCGUUUGGGAUACACGUCCUGUUAAACCUACCAAGAUUUAGGUAAAUUAUGCAGACUCAGGGACACCGAUAGGAUCUUGGACACUCAAUAUGAACUGCUAUUCGAAUCUGACAACCUAUGUCACCCAGUGGUCUCCUCAGACCAUGUAGCCAAGUAUAUUGCAUCCAGAGUACGCAAGCCUUUUGAGAAGGCAAAGUGAAAUAAAUUGCGGGCUGAAUGGCCACGCCGAACAGUCCCUGAUGACUCACGUAAAACGCUAUCAGUCGAUCCUAAGAUCAUUCAAUUCCUGAGUAAGACAGGAUGGAAGCCCUUUAAAGGCUUAGAUUUUAAUUGCAAAACUGUCAGGAUAAAAUCCUGGGCAUCUUGGGCUCAGCAGCCAAGAUCUUUGAAGCAGUAGAGGAUGAUCUAGAAUUAGAUUGCGCAAUCUUAAGUGGUUAGAUCCAGAGAGUGAUUUAAGUUGGCAACGCCAACAAUGCGGUUGUCGCAGAACACCACAAAUCGAUCUUGCUUAAAAUUGAGCACAAACGUUUAACUAUGGCUCUGGACGAGCCAGAUAACACAGGCAAAAGGUUUUCUCUUUGGGUACAACUUUGUAAAAGAAUUGGGCUCCUUUGUCCUGCUAAACAAACAGAAGUUCUUUUAGACAGAACCAAGGCUCUUAUACUUGCCGAGCCGAUUUCUUUGAACAAUGCACUAUACCAACCUCCUUCCCACAAAGUGGUCGACCCUGGGUUGUUAGUGGCCUAAGAGGUGCUCCUAAGAAGUCUUCACAAUUUCCAUUCUUCCUUACUGAUAGUGGGGGGCAGACUCACACAUUUUUCCCAUGUAUGGUCCCUCGUUUCAUCAGAUGCUUAGGUUCUUCACACUGUGAAAAGGUAUUGCAUAGACUUCCUUUCUCUAACUGUUCAAUGUUCCCCAUCGAGGGAAAUUGUUUUUCCCCAAUGAGACACAGACCUUGUCUCCGUGGACAAUCAAUCGUAGAGAUUCCGGCCCAUACCCUGGGUUACGUGAGCAACCUUUUCUUGUUUCCCAAAAAAGGCAUAGGUAUCCGUCCAGUGAUAAAUUUGAGACAGCUCAAUAGUUAUGAGCAUAUCAGUACUUCCAAGAUGGAAGGAGGGCAUUGUUUAAGGUAUCUUCUCCAACCAGCAGAUUGGGUGGCCAAAUUGGAUCUGCAGGAUGUAUAUCUCACAGUGCCUAUCACAGUACAACAUCAAGAUUGAGAACUUCCUGCAAUUUACAUGGUAGGGCAGUAAAUAGAAGUUCGGGUGCCUCCCAUUCGGACUGUCUUCGGCUCCAUGGUGCUUCACCAAGCUCACGUCUUAUAAUAUAUUUAGACAGCAUUUUCAUUCUGGCUCAGUCUAUUCAAUUAAUCCGGACAUACCUUGCAUGGACUUUGACUCUGUCAAUCCAUUAUCGUUCCCACGCAACAAAUCAAAUUUCUGGGUUAUAUUGGAUUAUUGUAGAUUCUACCCUUCAAACUCUACACCUUCCGGGGGCAAAAUUAGCAAAUAUCAAGAAGGAGAUAGGCGAACACUAGCAACCUCUCAACUCUCUCUCAAACAACUGUUUAAUAAUGUUAGGCCUUCUAGCUGCAUCUAUACAGGCCAUUUUUCCAGGUCUUCUUGGCUAUCGAGCCUUACAACGAUUACAAACUUCAUCUCAAGGGCAGCACAUCAUACACAGAUAUGGUAACUCUGGACUCAGAAGCGGAGGAUGAACUCCAAUGGUGGCUUCUUCACAUGGAAGCUUGGAAUGAGCGCACCAUAUUUUGUACAGCUCCAGAUGUGAUAAUCAAAUCCGACGCAAGUUUGGACAGUUGGGGUGCUCAAUGCGGAUAUAUUUCCACCAAGGGCAGAUAAUCAAACCUGGAACCGACACUCCACAUCAAUUGUUUGGAACAUCUGGCCGGUUCCUUUGCAGUCCACAGUUUCUCCCCAACUCAAGCCCAAUGCGCCAUCCUUCUGAAGAUGGACAACAUGUCAGCAGUCCGCUACAUCAAUCACUUGGAGGCACAAAAUACAACAUUCUGACCUACAUGCUUCGUGAUUUCUGGAAAUUUGACCUGAUAAACGGCCUUUCAGUCACGGCAGAAUAUAUUCAAGGUCUCUCCAACACUACGGCGGACUGGUAUUCACACCAACGCAGAGAUUCCAGCAACUGACACUUGGAUUCCAUGGUCUUCCAAGACAUCUGGAACCUAUGGGGUCUAUUGGAAAUAAAUCUUUUUCGCCUCUAGUUUGAAUGCUCAACUUCCCCAUUUUUUCAGUUGGAGACCAGAACCGAUAGCACUGGCUAUGAAUGUUUUCUCCAAGGAAUUACGAUUUUCUGCCCUUUGCACUGAUUCCCUGUUGCCUUUCCAUCUACAUUGCCAGUCCGGCACCUGGUGAUCGUGGCUCCUAUAUCGCCGUCCCAACCAUAGUUCUCUCCUCUUCAGGAGAUGGUUAUCGACCUUCCAGCUCUCGAGUGCCUUCUUCAGGAUGCUGAUGGAGUACCUCAUCCCCUUGUUCUCCAAGGUCUCUUGCAUCUCAUAGUGUAGUCUAUUUCAGGGAACCUUGGUCUGUGAAGGGAGUUUCGCAAUCAACUCCCCAACUUAUCAAGGGUGCACCCAACACGAGACAGGCUUAUAAAUCUGCUUGGAGCAGAUGGAAUAGUUGGUGCAUGAAAUUAAAUUUAAAUCCCAUAUCUGCUCCUUUUAUAUCUGUCCUCCAUUUUUCUGACUUCUAUGAUGAAGGUACAGCCUAUCGCACUGUAAACCUUACCGAUCGUCCAUUUCUGCUUGCCAUCAAAGUUUCGAUUGGACGCCUGUUGGUUGACAUCCUGUCAUAUGUUGACUUCUCUGGGGAAUAUGGUUUGCUCAUUCACCCUUACCACGAUACUCUGUCUUGUGGGACGUCUCUAUUGUCUUGAAUUUUUUUCUUGCAAGAGGUUUUUCUGAUGUACGAGCUCUUGAGGUGGUUGCUCGUUCCUUUACUCCAGAAGGUGUCCUCUUUGACAUUUCACGGAGGACAAAAAUCUCCUCUAAAAUCAAUUUGACCCAGUUUUCCCUGAUAGAUCUCUCCUUUGCCCUGUUGCAUACUAAUGGGUGUGUGAACAUCGUUCCACCACGUUACGGAAUCCUUUCAAACAGGAACUCUUCAUCUCCUCCUUCCAAAAGUCGCGUCUUCCGGUGUCUACUCUAGCCUGGUGGGUCAAAUACGUUAUGUCUCUACCAGGUAUUGAUACCUAUGUGUCUGUGCCUCAUUCGGUUCGUGGGGCAAUGGCUUCUAAGGCUUCCUCGAUUGGUUGUUGCUUGGAGGAUAUUAUGAGAGCGGCUGGUCUUCGGAGUCUACAUUCCAUGAUUUCUACUCUAGACCUAUUCAACACUUCACAGGAGACAUAAUUUCACAGCUUUGAACUAGCAUAAUAAGAGCCUCCGUGUCUUAAUAAAAUUUACAGAUUUUACUAUUAACUUGACGUAAAGUCAUGAUUUUAUUAAUGACACAGAGGCGAGUAUUAUCCCUCCCUCCCAUCCCUGGAGGUUGGAGGUUUGGUCUUCUCUGGGUAGGUUGACUUCACGGUAAGUCUUUUUUGAUUUACCGAGUUUUAUCCUUGUUAAUGACUGUCAAGAGUUUAAGGUUUGACUAAACUGAAUUUCAUGUUAUGUGUGUGUGUGUGUAUGUGUGUGUGUGUGUGUGUGUGUAUAUAUAUAUAUAUAUAUAUAUAUAUAUAUAUAUAUAUAUAUAUAUAUAUAUAUAUAUAUAUAUAUAUAUAUAUAUAUAUAUAUAUAUAUAUAUAUAUAUAUAUAUACACAUGCGAAUUUAUGCAUGAAUCCAGUUUUAUACUUGGAUAUUACCAUAUUCUCCUUUCUCUUCCAGCUUGACUUUGAGAUUUAGUUUAAGGUUUGUAUACCCUCUUAUUGGAGCCCACUUUUUAUUUGGAUUUGUUGUCCUUGUUCGGGAUCGCAAGAAAGAGGAAGUAGUAUACCGGACACUGCCUAUUAUGCUAUAAAUAGGAUGCUGAUUGGCUGUUCCUGUUGCUAGGAAGAAAUACCUCAUGUUAUUUACUGGUUUCUUCUAUACUGAUUUAAUGUUAUUUUUGCUGCUGAGGUAAAUAAAGAAAGAGUGCAGCAUAAUACUCGCCUCCGUGUCAAUAAUAAAAUCAUGACUUUACGUCAUGUUAAUAGUAAAAUCUGUAAAUUCCCUUCCAGAGACAAUGUCUUUAAAUCAUGAAGUGGUCUGGUGCUGGUGUCAUCGGGACAUUUUCGUCUAUAGUUUCGUUGAUCACUCGACCUACCGUUUCCCAAAUGGCCAGAUGAGGGAGCAGUCCCACCAUAGGUGGAGAAAUUACCCAGUCUCCAUUCCGCAUUGCCAGCACGUGUUUGAUUUCGAGCUGUCCCUAGCAUGUAGGUUCGCUGGGGUGAUGUACCAUCUCGUAAAUACUUUAUAUGAAUUUUCUUGGAGCCUCGCUGAUCUUCUGGGGUCUUCUGGGUGAGUGUAAUGAUUUUAUCCCAGUCUGCGUCCGUGAGUGUUUCGUCAAAGUCUUCUUCCCAGCGCCUGAUGCACGGUGGUGCCAGAAGGCAUCGUCCCGUUGUCAUGGGGUGUAUAUCUGGAAUAUCACUCUCGGGGGGUGCAUCUGACAGGCACGGUGACUCAAACUCCGUACAAUCCCGUGUAAGGCUCGGUCGUUGGGGGAUCGAACGUGCAUAUCGCUAUAGUUGUUCCCUUGUUAUAGUGUGUAGGAAGGUGUGCCUUUGGUCUGGAAACAGGUCUGCAAUAGGCUUUAUUGUGCAUGGGGGUGUGAGUAUGUCCACCAUCUGGGGUAUUGCGGUGUUGAUCCUCAAUCUCAGGGUGGGGCCCAUGUCUCCUGCCGGGAAAUCCGGGUUUCCCCUGAGGGGGAGUAGAGGGCUCGGGUUGGUAGUGAGAUAGUAUUUGGGGCCGUUUUGAUGCUAGAUACGGAGGGUGGCUUUCACAAAUGGAUUAGCGUGUUGGGUGCGUCGGCUCGCUUCUUGUUUGAGCAACGGCAGGGCUCUAAGGUUGCAAUCAGAGCUAUCCGCUUCUAGUUGAACCCAUAGUUUGUCUAGUGGUGUUGUCGACCAACUGAUGAUUCGGGUGAGGUGGGUUGCAACGUAGUACUCCCUGAAGUCGGGAAGAGCCAGUCCCCCUUUGAGUUUAGGGAGUGUCAGUUGGGAGUGGACUAUUCGGGGGGACCUGCCCUUCCAUAUGAAGUGAUGGACAGCCGCUUGGAUGGAUGUAAAAAAGCUCUUCGGCACUGCAACGGGUAUUGUUUUGAAGACGAAUAAGAAUUUAGGGAGUAGGGUCAUCUUCACCGCGUUGAUGCGGCCUAGCCAUGAUAUGUAAUAGGUGUUCCAGGCUUGAAGUUCUGCCUGCGUAGUCUUGAGAAGUGGUAGGAAGUUGUGAUGGUAUAGGUCCGCCAGGUUUGGUCUGAGCCAUACCCCUAGGUACCGCAUCUCGGUGGUGCACCAGUGGAAGGGAAAGUGGGUGUGUUUGACAUUGAGAAUAAUAAAAUCUAAGCCCAAGGCUAUCUGUGAAAACAGGUACCCUUUCCUGGCCGAAUACCUUGAUGAUACUAUUGUAAUUAUUAAAGUGAUAUUGAUUAGAGAAAGUUUAAUACACACAUUGUUUCAUGGAAUAUGUCCGUAUAAAAUAAAGAUUACUAAGAUUAUUAUGUGCAUCGGUCUCUGCAAUAAUUAUAUGUGUGCUUUUGUCUCCUUCUGAUACAACUUGCUAUAUUAUUUGAUUUGUGAGAUUGUCACAGACCCAUCCCUGCUUCUGUUUUUUUUUUUUUUUAAGAACCCCGUACCCCAGGCCUCCGAUAUAAUUGAUGACAGAGAUUUAACUUGUCUUUUUUUUUUUUUUGGUUGUUUCAGGGAGGGAAAGAAUACUUGAUGAGGGCACAUUUUGGCUUACCGAGUGUGGAAACCGAGGAGAUGGAGGGAAAACCACCAAUAGGCGUGAAGUUUGAAAUACCCUAUUUCACAGUGUCUGGCAUUCAGGUACGUAAGGCACAAUGCCAAUGAUAUAUGUUUAAUGGGUUAAAGGGUCAGUCCCACUGUGGAUCAUAGUGACCUAAUGACAGUGACAUGUUUAGUGGGAUAAAGGGUGAGUCCCACUAGGGAACACAGUGACAUGUUUAAUGGAAUAAACGGUCAGUCCCACUGGGGGUCACAGUGAACUAAUGACAGCGACGUGUUUAAUGGGUUAAAGUAAUGGUAUAACCUGUUUUGAUACGCUGAUAUAACAGUGGAUUUGUAUUCUUGAAGGUUCGGUAUAUGAAGAUUAUUGAGAAAAGUGGAUACCAGGCACUUCCUUGGGUGCGGUAUAUAACUCAGAGCGGAGGUAAGUGGACAAGCAGAUACUCCAUGGAAACUAGAAACGGCAAAUAUCUAACUGGAAUCCAGACAGAGAUUGUAGCUGGAGUACAUUUUGUUCCAGGCAGCUUCUUAUUCUCAUAGCAACAUCUGUUAAUUAAGUAAAUUAUACUAAAUCAUAAUAAAACUGCUGGCCUUCUCUUACUGGCUUUAUAAAAACAAAAUCUCUUGGAUUGUAGCCGAAAUUUGCAAAUUUACUUUGAAUUCCCAUUAAAGUCAUGACAAUUCAGGAUUUUCCACAAAAUAUAAAAUUAGAAUGAAUUAAAAUUCAAACGGCAAAAUGCAGGCUAAUAUAGUCAAGCCAAGACUUUAGCCGAGUUGGCUAAUUUUUCCAGAUCGACUACUUUAGCCUGCAUUUCGCCAUUUAGAUUUUUACUUCUUUGCUACUCGAUGUUUUGCGAAUAACCCUAUACCUAUAUUGGUGCAUACAAUACAUUUAUCAAUAUUGUGUAUUUCUCAAACAGAUUACCAGCUUCGGACAAACUAAACAACUCUAAAUUUGAAGAAAUGAUCCCUCCAGUGAAUUGAAUGUUUCUUUUUGUCUUCUAUAUCCUAAAAUAAAUAUGCACCAAAACAGAUAUAUUUUUGGAACAAAACUGUUAAAUGUAACUAUCACUAGGCAAUUUCUAAAAAUACUUUUCUAUCCCUGAGGCUGUAAGUAGUAAUUAUGUUUUACUAAUACUAAUUACUAAGGUAAUGUGUGUUGCUAUUUUAUAUCAGCAUGCUUUUUAUUAUUUACUAAAUCCAGAAUUUUGGUGAAUGUAAAAAGAAAAUUAAAAAAAUUAUUGCUAGACACAGGCGUUUAUUUACUAAAUGUGUACUAUAAAAAAAAAGAAGUUAGCAGCAUAAAUAAAUAACUAUAUAUUGCAACCAUGGCAGUAAUGCACAGUGACAUCAUGGUACCUGUAUAGAAAGAGAGGUUUAUAUACUCAGCAAUGUAUUCUGGGAAAUUUGCAACCAACUUGCAAAAUGGAGGCCAAAGUAUUGAGCUGGUAGAUAUUUAAAUAUAUAUAUA